AACGCUGACCCCAAUAUUCGAUUUUAGUAAGACAGUAAGGAAGAGGAUCGAGGAGUCGAGCGAGGAAAGAAAUUUCUCGGAUGUGGUAGGUUGUAUCUUCGCUCGAAAAUGUAGUGGAAUGGAACGAUACAAACUGCAACGAUGGUUUACGCGCUCAUAAUUCACACACUUGUUCCUGGACCCUGUAGAUUGUUGUAUUCAUCAGUUUUUGUUCACGAACCAGAGGUAAGUACAGCUCAGUCACUUCAGGAAUACUGCCAAAUAAUUCUUCAGCCUUCCGAGGCAAUCCUCAAAGUGGACAGGGUUGUCACAAUUAUUCAUCAAUUUCUACCAAAUGGGCAGCUGCUGUUCAUGAACACUCGUUAUUUGCGGCAGAUGGAGAAAGAAUUGGAACAAGUUAUGUCCUUCAAGAGGGAGUGAACAUGACUUUUACACUUUAAAAAUAUUUUUAUCCAUCUCAAUUAGUGCUCAGCUAAUGACUGGAGAUCUACAUAUUGUUCUUUAAAGAUAAAUUUUUUACAGUAACUGCAAUUUUCUUUUUUCUUCCCAAGAACACCAAAUUUUGUAAUUUUUCUUUUAAGUAAAAUUAAUAAAUAGUAUGUAUCACUGGAACUGUGUUUACCUUUCUGUGUUUAUAAUGGUAAAGUGUAUAGGGCAGUUUCCAAUUGACUGUUGAAAGACCAAAACCUAAGUGAUCACAACUACCAAUCAGAAGAGACGUUAACAUCGUCAUUAACUGAUAAGUAUUCAAAGUAAAAACAGCCAACCUGUUUGAAGGUCUGGGAAACUUAGGAUUGGUUUUAGUAUUGGUUUUGAUUGG